AUGGAGAGCAAUGCACUGACGAUAGGAGUGACCUGUGCGCUGGGAGUUCUGGUCGCACUCAUCUAUGUCAAUUCAAGUCGCGCAAAGAGAUCAGAAACCGUCCACGAGACGACCAAGCCACUCCGAAAACUUCCGCUCAUUGGCGACCUUCAUAGCUCGCCCAUCGAGAAACCUCUGGUCAAUUGGAAUGCGUGGACCAAGGAGAAUGGUCCAAUCGCGGUGCCAAAAUUGUUUGGCAUCAUUCCCAUUGUCGUCCUCAAUUCAGCCGCGGCAGUCACGGAAUUGUUCAGUCGCCGCAGUCAAUGGUACAGCAACCGCCCGGCUUCGGUGAGCAUGGAAAUGAUCACCGAUGCCCAGCCGGGACAGUCCAAGUUCACGCUCAUGCACGACUAUGAUGAUCACCUGAAACUGCACCAUCGGCUGUUGUCCCCCAGCUUGGGAGCGCCAGCCGCCCCGAAGUUCCAGGCGCUGAUGGAGCUCGAGGCCACGCAGUUGCUGUUUGACCUCUGUCAAAUCACCCAGCAGUCGAAGGAGGGAACCAUCAGCACCGGCAAAAUCUAUCCACAGCUUGAGCGCACGCAGUCCAGCAUCAUCCUCGGCUUGCAUUAUGGAUUGCGCGUCGCGCAAUAUGAGGAUCAGAUCCUGCACGAAGUCAUAGAUACCCAGACCCAGAUCACUCAUCUGGCCGCCAAUCCGCUUCUCCCAGAUAUCAUCCCUGCUCUGCGCCAUCUGCCGUCGUUGCUGUCACCCUGGAAGCGAUCCGCAGAGAAGCUCUACGCUCAACAGGUAGAUCUCUACAUGCGGUUGUUCAAGCACGGCCGCGACGAACCAGGAUGGAACGCCACCAAACAGGCCAUUUCUACAGCUCAAAAGCAUGCCAAGAACGGCGUCUCCGAUCUUGAUCUCGCCUUCACACUCGCAACAUCCAUUCAAGGUGGCAUGGAAACGUCCCCACGUCAACUUCUCUGGCUCUUCAUUGCGGCGCUGCAUCGCCCUUCCUUUUUGACUAAGGCACAUGCGAUUUUGGAUGAGGUGGUGGGACGUGAUCGCCUUCCUCGAUUUUCAGACCGAGCGGAUCUGUCGUUCAUCGAUGCAAUUGCACACGAGUUGUUCCGCUGGCGACCGAUUGCCCCUGGCUCCAUUCCCCGCCGAGCAGACAAGGACGACGAAUACGAGGGAGUCAAGAUCAAAAAGGGAUGGACGCUCAUGGCCAAUGCGUGGGCGAUUGGUCGUGAUGAAAAGAUUUUUGAUCCAACGCUCGGAGAUGUGCAGGAAUUUGUACCCGAGCGAUGGUUGCGACAGAGCUCUGGGGGAGACGUCAAGGUGCGGGCGGAUCUUCCAUUGCCUGUGUUUGGGCAAGGCCGACGGGUCUGUCAGGGCAAGCGAGUGGCCACGGAAGGCACAUUUCUGCAAGUGGCAUGUCUGCUCUGGGCCUUUGAUAUCCAGCCCUUGGUGAAGGGGGAUGUGGUAGACCCGUGGGAGAUGGUUGUGGAAGGAUUCAUGACUUCACCCAAAGAUGUCAGAUUCAAGCUGACGCCGCGGGGCGAUUGGGUCGUCGACACGAUCGCCCGGGAAUGGGAGAAGGCAGGAAAGAGUCCAGAGCAGGUGAUGGGUAUCUCCACUGAUGUGGAAAAAUGA